AUGGCACCAACCCGAGAAUUUACGGAGAACCAAGUCAUCCCCAGAGACGCCGGCUACGAUGCUUCGCAGCUCAAAGGCAAGAGCGUCGUUCUCACCGGAGGCGCGAGCGGACUGGGCGAGCAGUUUGUUCGAUCGUUCGUUGACGCUGGCGCCUAUGUCACGUUUGGUGACCUGGCAGAAGAUCGAGGGAGCGCUCUGGCUGAUGAGCUUGGUGCUGCCAAAGCUGCUUUCGUCCCGUGCGAUGUGACCAAGUGGCCCGAUCAAUUGGCCCUCUUCAAGACUGCCCUGCAGAAUUCUCCAAGCAAGACGAUCGACAUCGUGGUGGCCAACGCCGGCAUCGCUACAACUGACGAUGUCUUUCUUCAAGCCGAGACAGACGAUGGCGAUCCAGUCGAGCCGACUCUCAAUGUCGUCAAAGUCAACUUCAUCGGACUCUUUUACACAGUCAAGCUCGCUUUAUUCUACCUUCCAAAGCAGCCCGAAGCUGACGACCGUGACCGCUGCAUCAUCAUGACUGGAUCCUUGGCAUCAUAUCUGGACAUGAGCGGCUCGCCACAAUACAACGCAACCAAGUGGGGUGUUCGCGGACUGAUGCAUAGCAUUCGACGAACGGGACCUGAUCAAGGCAUUCGCAUCAACCUCGUAGCUCCCUGGAUCGUGGACACUCGAAUCAUGUCCGACGAGACCAAGAGAUUCGUGAGAGGCCAAGGUAUUGAGUUCUGCAACAUUGAAGACGGCGGCUCUCUCGUAUGUCACUUCGCAGCAGACAAGUCCAUCAAUGGCCGCUCUUUCAUCUUGAUUCCAAGGAGUGUUAACAGACGAGGCUAUAUGGAUUCCGAGCACGAUGACUUCAAUGAUGACGACUUUCUGACUGAGUGGCAGAACACUGGCAGAAUGGACAAAUUUAGAACGCUGCAUGCCAAGUGA